AUGCCAAGUCCUAGUCAGGGCCGAUUCAAAUGGCCCGUGGAUUUUCUCCAGACUCUGGUCGAUUGCAUUCUCCCCAGGAGGCAGAAGCAGAGGCAGAGGCAGAGUCAAGAUAAGCAGCAGUCUCCUCCGACUAGCAGUGAAGAUAGCGCGAACAUGGUCAAGAGACUGAUAUUAUCCACGGGUCAUCUCGUUCUCUUACGCAGUAACAUCUCGGUCGGCGGUGGCUCGUCCCUCAUCCGCAAGCCGGGGGCCUUCAGAUCGAAUCUUGAGCUCACCAAUUCCCUCCGCAAUAACUUCCUGGCCGCAAAACAAGAGUACGACUCCUCGUCACAAGGCUCGAAAAAUUCCACCCCCAACGGCCAUAGCAAUGGCAACGGCAACACGAAUGGCGCACCCAACGGUAUCUCCUCGCCCCUCGCGCAGUGGACGUCUCUCGAGGGCAACGGUGACCUCUACGUCCCCCGUAUAGACUGGGAUGCCACACCUGGCCUGCAGGAGGACGCAGCCGCCUACGACAUUACUGUCAAGAUCUUCUUUCUUCCGACCUCGACCCUGUCGCAGCGCGCUGCCUACACGCGCGAGGCCCUGUCGCUGGUCAUGAAAGAGCUGCGCGUCUCGGCCGUCUCCCUCCUUAUCGUCUCCUUCCCCGGCAUGUCGUUCGAGGGCGACUGCGAGUGGGAGGCCGACAAGCACAACGCCACGCAGGGCGAUGACGAGGGCGAGCUUGCGACAUGGGAGUCCGCCAUUGAGCCGCUCUACCACGAGGGCCUCGUCGGGCGGCUGGGCAUCGCCGAGUUCGGCAGCGAGAAACUUUCACGCUUCCUGGAAGGAGUCUCGGUGAAGCCGGGCGUGGACCAGAUCAAUAUCAAGAACUGCUGUGAUGUACCGCCGCCACUGGUGAGCCUGGCUAAGGAGAAGAACAUUGAGCUAUUCGUGCACAGCGACUGCACCGACAUCCUGCCCAAGGGAACACUGAGGGAGCUGCUCGGCCAGGGGCCCAAGGGUGCAGGCGUGCUGGCCGACCCAGCGGAUGGGGUGGAGAGGGAGGACAAGGAGGAGGAGGAGGGAUUGAGAGGGGAUCUUACGCCGCAGUGGGUGGUCAAGUACACGGCUGUGGUGAGGGACCGAGGCGUCAUCGAGAGCAAGGGCUACUUCGCCGGCGCUGCGCUGACGGAAGAGUAG